AUGAACAGGUACAAGGUGAUGAAGCAGCUGGGGGACGGCACUUACGGGACCGUGUGGAAAGCCCUUAACCUGCACACGAACGAGAUUGUUGCUGUCAAGAAGAUGAAGCGCAAGUUCUAUUCAUGGGACGAGUGCAUGAGCCUGCGAGAGGUCAAGUCGCUGCGCAAGCUGAACCACCCCAACAUAGUGCGGCUGAAGGAGGUGAUUCGAGAAAACAACGAACUCUUCUUCAUAUUCGAAUUCAUGGAGUGCAACCUGUACCAUCUGAUGAAGGACAGAGAGACCUACUUUCAAGAAUCCACCAUUCGAAACUGGAUGUACCAGGUGCUACUAGGCCUGGCGCACAUGCACAAGCACGGCUACUUCCACCGCGACCUCAAGCCAGAGAACCUGCUAGUGACCAAGGACCUGAUUAAAGUUGCGGAUUUCGGCCUGGCAAGGGAGAUCAAGUCGCGGCCUCCUUUCACAGACUACGUGUCUACCCGAUGGUAUCGAGCACCAGAGGUGUUACUUCAGUCAACAGUUUACAACGCCCCAAUAGACAUGUGGGCAAUAGGAGCAAUCAUGGCAGAGCUCUUCACACUCGAACCACUCUUCCCCGGGGCAAGUGAGAUCGAUGAGAUUCUCAAGAUCUGCGCUGUCAUCGGCACGCCCACCCCCAGGACGUGGCCCCAGGGCCUCCGUCUCGCAGCUUCCAUGAACUUUCGCUUCCCUGAGUACUCGCCCAUCCCGCUCGCUCAAAUCAUGCCCAUGGCAUCAGACGAGGCAGUCGACCUGGUGACCGCUCUCUGCUCCUGGGACCCUGCAAGGCGCCCCUCCGCUGCCCAGGCGCUGCAACACCCCUUCUUCCUGAAGGGAGUGACGCUCCCCUACACACCCAAGAAGCCCAAAUCCUCCUCCUCUUCCGCCGCCACCACCGGUCCCGUCGUCCCCAUCACCACGCCCUCUCAGCUCGCCGCUGCCUCCCACGCUGCCCUCUCCGGCUCUCUCGGUCUCUCCGACCCAGGGCAAACCUUCCUGCAGCCUAUGCCACGCAUGGCCCGCCAUUCCGCGUCUGCCUCUGUCAACUCAUCAAAUGCAAUCGGCUCCAUAUCCACUAGAUCCGACAAGUCAGUCUCAGCCAGCCAAAGCAACUCUGCAGGAGCAGUGCUCUCUCGCUCUGGCUCCGUGGUUGAGUCUGCCUCUCCACCCGCUUCGCCUCACCAGCUCGCUGAUAUCGGCAGAAGAGGCACAUAUCCAGCCACCCACACUCAUACCCCCAACGGUGCUGCAGCUGCUGCUGGAAGCGGCCGUUACUAUGAGGACUAUGGCGACAGUGGUCGAGGGAUGGGGGGAGACGCUCGGGGAGGAGGUGGAGGUGGUGCCGGUGGUGGUGGGAUGCGGGGUGGGAUGAUAGGGGGAAGUGGGCAGUAUGCUGUGGAGCCUCCAGGGUUCAGGGUUUACUAA